GGAGACAGGAAGCCUGUUGUUUACCAUGGCGACGGGGACGCUAACGUUACUCGCUAACAGCCGCAGACUCACUGUAACGACGAUAUUGCUCAUAUUAGCGAGUGAGACGGCUCUCUGCCAGCAGUUUCUCAUCCCGUACCAGGCCGUGUCGGACUGCGGGGUGGAGAGGUUUUUCGACAUCGGCAGUUUGUCGUGUGUUGCGUGCGGGUCAAACCAACGGGCGAGUGAAACAGGACUGAGCUGUGUUUGCCAAGCUGGCUACCGGAUUCUCACCACUAAUGGAGCGGCCACUACCUGUCAGAUAUGCCCCACCGACAAGCCCGUGGUGACAAAAGAUGGGUUUGGCUGUAUUCGCUGUCCAGGCAUUGUGACCGAUGAGGGGACAUGCCAUUGCCCAAAGGGGGGUAUUCUGGUGGAGAGGGAUGUGCAGGGCAACCUUCUCGAUGAGGCCAGGUGUGAGAUAUGCAAUGGAAGUGGCCCCGCUUUCUCAGCACCAAACAGCAACGGGGACAGGUGCGAGAGAUGUCAAGCUUCAUUCAUUAACACCUCCCUUUCCUGUGUAUGUGGCCAGAAUAAUGUCCAGGCGGGAGGUCUGUGUUUCCCACCCAACAGCCUCCCCACCACUGUGAACUCCAACGUCAACUUUGCUCAGCUGGCUCUUCCGAUCCAGUCUGCAUGGUUCGUCAAAAACCUGUACUCCUCAUCAGCAGCAUGCCUUGUCUUCUCCAACCUGACAGCGUGCCAGGCUCUGGGGAACAUGUGUGUGAUGAACAUGCACUCCCUCAGCAGCGUGGCCAACGAUGCCUGCGGUCUCUUCAACUCCAUCUUCAGAUCCACAGCUGCUUUGGGCUCAACGCAGGACAUUGCCUACUGGAGGGCUAAUCUGCCAUGGCUUUUCUACGGGGAUCAGCCGGGACUGGCCAGUCGAGUCCUUCAAACUGAUCCCUUAACCACUGGGUUCAGUUUCAAAGGAAGUAACAAGAAUAUUGAUAUCAAGUUGCGCGCUGCUGUCUACAAUGCCAGAGGGGAGUUCCUUAGAUGGGACAAGAUAGGAGGAGGUUAUCUCCAGCUUUGUCCCGACACAGCCACCAGACAGCAGGCAGCUUUCUACUUUGGAACCGCUUACCAGGAGAAAUGUGAUCUCUCGGUGGCAGAGUUGUUGCGUGUGUAUCCAGAGCCAUUAUUCUAUGACGUGUUUGUGGACGUUGGUGGAGGAGAGGACACAAGACUUCUUCCUCUUCCCACACUGAUCCUCAACCAGCAGUACAAUGGACGCUUCAUCAACCAAGAGAGCAUGAAGAACUGGUACCUGUCUCGCCGUGUGUUCCUGGUUGACACACUGAGCGGAAGAGAGAAGACCCUCAGCGCCACGCCAAAAGUCAUCCGCGUCGCCAGCAGCAUCACAAUAAGGUUCCAGCUGGUUCCAGCGACCCAAAAGGGACAGGUGUUCACCCCUCUGAUGUCUGUGUCCUACAGUGAUGUUCUCAUCACAGACACCAACACACAAACUGUUCCCGUAUCUUUUGCUGUGGAGUAUGAGAUGGAUCAGCACGAGACUCGUUUGAAGACAGAUACUGCUCUAGGUGUGAUGGGUGGUGUGGCAGUGCUCCACUCUCUGCUGAAGACUGUAAGCUGGAAGAGGAGGACCUUAUCACCCAACAUUGACAUGGAGACCAUGCUGAGGUUCCUGUUGUUCUAUGCUGGCGAUCUGGCCAACGUUUUCUUCAUCAUCACCGUGGGAACAGGACUUUAUUGGCUUAUCUUUUACAAGACGUUGGAGGCCCAACAGUUUGUAUCCGUGCUGCUACCUUUGCCUGCUCAAGAGGAACAAUUUGUGACAUACAUUGGCUGUGCUUUCGCUUUCAAGGCGAUCCAGUUCCUCCAUAAGCUCAUCCAGCAGUUAUCAAUUGAUGUGUUCUUCAUUGACUGGGAAAGACCACGAAGCAAAGCCAGCAGGACGUUCCAAGCCGCCAGUGAGCCGAAGCGUGACCCCUCUCCAGUCAGCAUCUGGAGGACCUACUUUGUGGCCAACGAGUGGAAUGAGAUCCAGACCAUCCGCAAGAUCAGUCCGACUUUUCAGAUCAUGGCUGUGCUCUUCCUUCUAGAAGUGGUGGGCUUCUCCAGUCUGGCCCUGAGGGAUCCCUGGUCAACAUUAAAGCGCUCCCCCGAGGCAUACACCCCUCCCUACAGCUUGACACUGCGCUACGGCCUUGCAGCCACGCUUUGGCUCUGUGUCGGACUUUUGCAGGUAAUAUUCUUCACAGUGUUCCAUGAACGCUUUGUAGAGGACAAAAUCCGCCAGUUUGUGGAUCUCUGCUCCAUCAGUAAUGUUUCCGUCCUACUACUCUCCCACCGGUGUUUUGGCUACUACAUCCACGGGCGAUCAGUGCACGGCCACUCCGAUACCAACAUGGAGGAGAUGAACUCCAACUUAAAGAGAGAAGCUGAGUCCCUCUGUGGUCAGAGGGGACUGCUUCCAAACACAGACACUCAGACCUUUCAGGUCUCCAUCAACAACCACCUCCGCGCACAGUAUGAUAGGAUACGGGAGCCACUCAGCAGGAGAAACGGGCCGUCCCGGUUGGUAGACGCAUCCUCAGCCAACCCGUUUGAGCAAAGCACCAGAGCCUACAACACCUUGAACCGCUUCCUGGGAUCUAUUAUAGACCAUGCAAACCGCGACAUAGACUACAUAGUGAAGGACAAGCUGCUGUUUGAGAGAGUGAUAGGGAUGGAGUUCCUUGAGCCCGGUGAAAAAAGCAUCUUCUACAAUGAUGAGGCCCACUCCUUCAGUGACGUGCUGUUUUAUGGAAAUGAGGCCACGCUGCUGAUCUUUGACACUUUGUUCUUCUGUGUAGUCGACCUUGGAGCGCAGAGCUUUGUACUUGCAGCUGUGCUUACGUACAUACAGCAAAUGGUAUUUCGCUUGAUCCGCAACAGUUUUGGAAGGAGAAACCUUGCCAGUAAGACUUUGGUGGAUCAGCGAUUCUUGAUAUAGAAGUCCACGCCGAGUAAUGGAUAAUGCCAAUGUUGUGUAGCGAUGUGUUUCUAGAAAAUCUUAACAGACUCUUCACAACAGCCAUUUUGAUGGGGAAUGAAAAAGCAGAGUAGACACAGGUGUUACUAAUGACAUUAAUAAAGGUUCCUUUCCACUGAGGUCUGACAGAGUCCAGGCCUUUCUACUGCAUAUUCUGCUUCACUGGAGAGACUCUGCCAAGCUCCAGUAGAAUGAAACCUGAAUUAAUAUCAUCAGUAACACCUGUUUUUUUUUUUUUUGUUUGUUUGUUUGUUUUUUAGAUUUCAUGUCACAGUGGCUGCUGUGGAAAAGGUCUUUUGUUUACAGCUUGACCAGCGAUUGCUUUUCCUGUUCUACUUUUUCUACAUUUUUGUAUAUGCAGUGUUUUUCACCACUGAUUCAGUGAUUUGAAUAUUUUGGUCCAUUUUUGUACAGUGUUCAGUAUUUUUGCUGAUUAAAAUUUUACCUUUGAUAUGAA